UCAAUGGAGGCCAAUAGUAGCAUAGAAGAAUUGAGCAAAGCUGAAACUACAGAGACUUUCAAUGACAGCGAAGAGGAUAUAAACAUCGAAGAAGUGAAAGCCGUCAUGAUUGACCAAGAGAAUCCUGAUGUUGAACUGGAGUAUAGACCCCUGGAGACCUACGAGGGUGGCGCCACCUAUGACGGCCAGUGGAAUAAAGUCACUGGCUUGGGGCAUGGAAAGGGCACGAUGACUUGGGCUGAUGGGGGAGAGUACGAGGGAGACUGGAAGAAUGGUAAAAGAAAUGGCCACGGAACUGAAACUUUGCCAAGCGGAGACUCUUAUGAAGGAGAAUGGAAGAAUGGUAAACAACAUGGAAAAGGAAAGUACACUUGGGCUGAUGGAAAAGUUUAUGAAGGAGACUAUAAAGUAGGCAAAAGGAACGGCUUUGGGACACAUUGGUGGCCAAGUGGAGACAAGUACGAGGGGUUCUGGGCAAAUGAUAAACCGAAUGGGAAGGCAACUUUUACUUGGCAGGAUGGAAGAAAGUUUGAGGGAUUUUGGAAGGAUGGGCAAAGACUUGGCAAAGGAGUCUUCUAUGAUGUUGAUGGAAAUAAGACUAUCCAAAACUGGGAAAACGGUAAGUUAUUAUAA